CUUCCUUAUCAUUUCAUUUCCCUAAUUUUCACUCUCUUUAUUUAAAAAAAUCGUCAUCAUGCUUCUCAGAGCUCCUCCGGCUAUCUUCUGUCCCGGCACCGGAGAUAAUCUCACCGGAUCUUCGCGUUCAAUUCCGUCUGCUUCACAUUCUCCGGCGAUCGUUUGUGCGGCAGCGAAAGGCGGCGGCUCAAACAACAAACCGAUAACUGGUGUUGUGUUUGAACCGUUUGAAGAAGUGAAAAAAGAGCUUAAUCUUGUUCCUACUGUUCCUCAACAAUCUCUUGCUCGUCAGAAAUACGCUGAUGAUUCUGAAUCCGUCAUCAAUGAACAGAUCAAUGUUGAGUACAAUGUUUCAUAUGUGUACCAUGCUAUGUAUGCUUACUUUGAUAGAGAUAAUGUAGCUCUCAAGGGAUUAGCCAAGUUUUUUAAGGAGUCUAGUGAAGAGGAAAGGGAACAUGCUGAAAAGUUUAUGGAAUACCAGAACAAACGUGGUGGUAAGGUGAAAUUACAAUCUAUUUUGAUGCCGUUGUCUGAGUUUGAUCACGCUGAGAAAGGGGAUGCACUUUAUGCUAUGGAGCUUGCAUUGUCAUUGGAGAAAUUGACAAAUGAGAAACUUCUACAUGUCCAUGCGGUGGCCACCAAGAACAAUGAUGUGCAAUUGGCUGAUUUUGUUGAAAGCGAGUUCUUGGGUGAACAGGUUGAGGCGAUUAAGAAGAUAUCUGAAUAUGUUGCUCAGCUAAGAAGAAUAGGCAAAGGACAUGGAGUGUGGCAUUUUGAUCAAAUGCUGCUCAAUGAAGGUGCUGCUGUUUAGCCAGGUCAAGUGCUCAUGUUUUCUAAUGUUAUAAAUGGUACUAUCUUAUGGUCAUUACUCACUAGGAGAUACGGUCAGAGAUAAUAUUAGCGAUAAACAUUUUGAUCAGUGCUAAAACUUGAGAGCAUUUGUAUAGUUUUGUUUUCCGUAUUAUGCUUGUUACAGAUCUUGAACUUAGUUUGGUUCAAUUGUAAGAACGCCUUUUUGGGUUCAGUCGUUUGUGGUUAUAUUUGGGUAUUUGAAUAAGUUAAACAAUGGAAAAUGGAGUUUGUAGACCA